CUGGGGUGCAUCCGCCCAUGUCAAGCUGAGAGAAGGAUAGGCUACAUCCAUGUCUUAAGACCCAGUCAUUGCUCCAGACAAUGCAAUUUUCGCCUUACUCUCCCGGUAUAUUUUGUUAUGCCAUUCUAAGCAACAAUAACACAGAUUUGUGACAAGGGCGCUGGCAGAUUUGGUUUAUUUUUCUACAUUUUCUCAAGCGCUAUUGAGCAGAUCUAUGGUCUUUGUGUUUAUUGAGAAGAACAAUAGCUAUGAAAUUCCCACUGGAAAACCCUAGAAAACAAGUCAAUUGGGAACCCGAACAACAAGUGGUGGUCCAGUCCAACUUGGUCCCUCCCAAGAAGGUCCAGUCAGGGAUGGUCCAGUCCAGCCUGGUCCAGGCCAGUGGGGCGGCCAUGCAGAACCCGAUGUGCUGUGAUCCCAAGGGGGCCAACGGCCACUGCCCCUUACCCCGGCUCUCUGUCUCCUCCCGCUCCGCCAGCGUGGUGGCCAGCAUGGACACCACCGGCGACCUCUUGGCCCUCCACUCUGUGAUGAAGUGGAAGACAGUGGUGGCGGUGUUCGUGGUGGUGGUGGCCUACUUGGUGGGGGGCGGCUUGGCCUUCCGGGCCCUGGAGCAGCCCUUCGAGAGCAACCAGAAGGACAGCAUCACCCUGGAGAAAGCUUCAUUCCUGCAGAGGCACAGCUGUGUCAUGCCUGCUGAGCUGGAGGCACUCAUCAAGCAUUCCAUAGACGCUGUCAGUGCAGGAGUCAGUCCGAUCGGAGACACGUCUUACAACUCCAGUCACUGGGAUCUGGGCAGUGCCUUCUUCUUCGCUGGGACUGUGAUCACAACGAUAGGUUACGGGAACAUAGCGCCCAGCACGGAGGGAGGGAAGAUCUUCUGCAUCCUGUACGCCAUAUUUGGCAUCCCGUUGUUUGGGUUCCUCCUGGCUGGCAUCGGAGACCAGCUGGGAACCAUAUUUGUCAAGAGCGUCUUGAGGGUGGAGAAGAUAUACAGGCAAAAACACAAACAGAUCAGCCAGACCAAAAUCAGAGUCACCUCCACCAUACUCUUCAUCAUAGCCGGGUGCAUAGUCUUCAUCGGCAUCCCGGCGGUCAUUUUCAAACACAUCGAGGGAUGGACGACUCUGGAUGCUAUCUACUUUGUCGUCAUCACGCUAUCAACGAUUGGCAUCGGGGACUAUGUGGCAGGUGGGGAUCGGAAGAUCGAGUACAUGAAGUGGUACAAGCCUCUGGUCUGGUUCUGGAUCCUGGUAGGCCUGGCCUACUUCGCUGCUGUCCUGAGCAUGAUCGGAGACUGGCUCAGAGUGCUGUCCAAAAAGACCAAAGAGGAGGUGGGGGAGUUCAAGGUCCAUGCGGCUGAGUGGAAGGCAAACGUGCGGGCUGAGUUCCGGGAGACGCGGCGGCGGCUGAGUGUGGAGAUCCACGACAAGUUGCAGCGGGCCGCCACCAUCCGCAGCAUGGAGCGCAGGCAGCUGGGCCUGGAGCAGAGGGCCCACUCCCUGGACAUGCUCUCCCCAGAGAAGAGGGCCGUGUUUGCCAGCUUGGACCAGGGCCGCUUCAAAACCUCCUCCCAGGAGAGCAUCGACACCAAGCUGAAUAACUUGAGGUUGAAAGGGGCAGGGGAGCUUUGUUAUGACCAGCGGAGAGGCAGCGAGCAGACACAGCAGGCCUCGUCAUCGGAGGAUAACCUCUUCAACCUCCGCUUCCGCUCCCUCACCAAGCUGGCCAAGAGACACAAGAACCGCGACCUGAAGAGGAACAUUCCUGAGGAUGUGCGGAGGGCCUGUGAGGAGAUGGAGAGGAGGAGGGAGGAGGAGGGAGAGGAGAAGGAGGGAGAGGUGGAUGAGAUGGAGGUGGAGGAGGAGGAAGGGGGCGAGAGGAAGGAGGGCAACACCAGCUUGACAAAUUUAGAGUACGCAGACGAGCGCUGAGGCCAAAUAAAUAGUGAGAGAGAAGGGGCCUUUUUUGAUGUCUCAAAAUGUGCCUUGUUGUUUUUUCUUUUCAGAGCACCCUACCUGCUAUCCAACCCCACCCCACCCCACCCCCAACCAUAUCCGACAAAUAAAAGCAGACACAAUGUGGGAUAGCUUCUCUUUUUUACCCGAGGCUUAUGUGAGCAAGUAACCCAGUGAACUAGUGCAGGGUUUCCCAAACUCGGUCCUGGGGCCCCCCCUGGGUCAUGUUUU